CUGCGGUAUAUUGUACCGAUGCAGGUGAAAAAUGAUGUUGGUGGUACUGAUUGAAAUACUGCCAUGGUCUUUUCUGUUUUCAACUGAUAAAGCAGUGGAAAGCAUUAUUAUUGCAAAUUUAUUUGUAUGAUAAUCAAGAAUUAAGCAUUAAACAAUCAUGGGAAGAACUAAGAAAACACGGAAGGUUGUUAUGCAAAGGUUUGCGCAAAUGAAAAAGAUGAUAAGUCCAAGAGAUGCAAGAAUAAAACCAGAAUUACGUGCACCACCAAAAAAUAAAAAAGAAGAUCCAACUGAAUUGAAGAUAAAAGAAGCGCCUCAGCAAUCUUCUGCAUUGUUCUUCCAAUACAACACACAAUUAGGCCCUCCUUAUCAUAUUUUGGUGGAUACAAACUUUAUCAACUUUUCAAUUAAAAACAAAUUGGAUAUUAUAGAAAAUAUGAUGGAAUGUUUAUACGCAAAGUGCAUACCAUAUAUAACAGAUUGCGUGUUAGGUGAAUUGGAAAAGUUGGGACAAAAGUAUAAAAUAGCACUAAAGAUUAUAAAAGACCCUAGAUUUGAAAGAUUAAACUGCAUGCAUAAAGGCACAUACGCUGAUGACUGUAUCGUUAAUAGGGUGACACAGCAUAAAUGCUACAUCGUUGCAACGAACGACAAGGACUUGAAAAGACGGAUACGAAAAAUACCUGGUGUGCCUAUAAUGUACGUUGCUCAGCAUAGGUACACGAUAGAGAGAAUGCCGGAUGCGUACGGAGCUCCUAGGAAAUAAUUGUAAUUUUGUAUCGUGAAACAUAGUCUAAUAAAAUAUGUUACCUUUUACUAAAA